UUUAAGGCCUAUUAUAAAAAGGGCAAUAUAAUACUUCCUCUAAUUCACAAGCCUUCUCUAUAUCUCUCUUAUCUCUUUAUAAGUAAUAACCCGCUUUACCGGGCCUUCCGGAUAAAUAUCCGGAUAUAUAAUUAUACUUUUGCCUUUAUAUUAAUUAGUUAUAAGAAAGACGCCCGGAUUAACUUCUCUUAUAGGAUCUAA